UUGAACCCUCCUGGAUAUUUUCAUCUUCUCUCUUCGUCUGCAAGAACCAAUCCACUAAACAUUUUUAACAAACCCGAUUCAGUCGAAGGAGGUUUAUUCAGCAUAAGAAAGGAUUAGGGUUAGGGUCAGUUCUUCGAUUUGGGGCGACAAUGAUGUACCUGAUCCUCAACAGCAACACCACCAACAGCAUCAGCAUCAGCAGCAAGGUGGAGAAUUUCACAGGGGGCCCCGCCGCCAGCGCCAGUGAUGCGUCAGUCGUCGGCUUCUUCGACUAAAAUGGCCCCAGAGUAUCACCACCCAUCUGGUCCCGCUCCUCCUCUUCCUCCUUACGAUGCUCAUCCUAAUGGUUUUGCUGCAAAAAGGAUGAGAAAGCUUACCCAGAGGAGAGCAGUUGAUUACACUAGCACUGUGGUGCGAUAUAUGCAGGUAGAAAUUUCAAAAUCUCCCCAUAAAAUGAAUGCAGGCCACAUGUUCGACAAAAUGUUUCAGACAUAUGCAAUUGAGCGUUCUGCUGACUAUAACUGGAUGCAUGCCCACAUUUUAUUUUUGAACAGGGCCUCAUAAAGCUCAAAGGUGGCCCUGCCCCCUCUCUAGCAAUAGUCGCAGCAGCAACAUUUUCUUCCAUGUCUUAUGAAAAAAGGCUCACCGUUGCCAGAAAAGCUACCUCCCUCACUGCUCACCUCUGUGAUAAGGUGCAAAAGGUCCUUGUGCAGUCAGACACUCAUUCAAACUCAGAAAAAAGUCCUGGUGCAGCAGCUGAUUAUGGUAGAGCUUCAGAAAGAAUAGAAGAAUUUGCAGAUCACUCCACGCUUGCUACUGCUGAUGGUGAUAUCAAUCGUGGCAUUCAUGAAAUGAAAUUGGCAGAAAACUUAGCCAAUCUUGUAAAGGAGUCUUCUCAUAUGGAUGAGAGAAGACCCAAGAGCCGAAUGGAGCUCAAGAGGUCUCUUGAAUUGCGCAUAAAGAAGAGGGUGAAGGAACAAUACAUCAAUGGGAAGUUUCGAAACCUAAUGGCAAAAGUCAUUUCCAAUCCAGAAACUCUUCGGGAUGCUUAUGAUUGUAUUAGACUCAACUCAAAUAUUAAUACAGCAUUCAAUGAUGAUAAUACCUCUUUUGAUUCUAUUGCUAAAGAGCUGGGUUGUGGGAGUUUUGAUGUUAAUGCCAAUACCUUCUCUAUCUCAAAAAAGGGUGCAAGGGAAGAAGUUUUGGUACUUCCCAAUAUAAAUCUGAGGGUCAUUCAGGAAGCAAUCAGAAUUGUUUUGGAAGUUGUUUACAAACCCGAUUUCUCUAAGAUUUCACAUGGUUAUCGAAGUGGGAGGGGGCAUUCUACAGCUCUGAAGUAUAUCAGCAAGGAGAUUUCUAAUCCUGAUUGGUGGUUUACAUUGCUCAUAAAUAAAAAGCUUGAUGCUUGUAUACUUGGUAAACUUAUAACAGUGAUGGAGGAUAAAGUAGAAGACCCUAGCCUCUAUGCUAUGAUCCAAAGCAUGUUUAACGCCAAUGUGCUCAACUUGGAGUUUGGUGGUUUCCCAAAAGGUCAUGGCCUUCCACAGGAGGGCGUAUUGUCUUCUAUAUUAAUGAAUAUUUAUCUCAACCAAUUUGACUAUGAAUUUUACAGAUUGUCAAUGAAAUAUGAAGCUCUCAGUCCAAGCUUACAUUCUGAUCAAAAGUCCCAGUCUAAGCUGCGCAGCUGGUUUAGGAGACGCCUGAAAGGUAAUGAUCUUGGCUGUGCCGGUGAAGAGAGUUUUAGCAUAAGGGUCCAUUCUUGUCGUUUCAUGGAUGAGAUAUUUUUUUCAGUGGCUGGUUCUAAGGAUGCUGCCCUUGAUUUCAAAUCUGAGGUUCUAAAUUACUUGCAGAAGUCUUUGCACUUGGAUGUGGAUGAUCAAGCAGAGUUAUUGUCAUGUCAAAUGCUGCAUGGGAUCCGCUUUUUGGGCACUUUAGUUAGAAGAAAUGUAAGAGAAAGUCCUGCUACAAGAGCAGUCCACAAGUUGAAGGAAAAAGUUGCUUUAUUUGGUUUACAAAAAGAAGAGGCCUGGAAUGCUGGGACGGUUAGUAUAGGAAAGAAAUGGUUGGGUCAUGGUCUGAAGAAGGUAAAGGAGUCGGAGAUUAAGCAUUUAGCUGACUGUAGGUCUGUUUUGAGCAAAAUUUCCCAUUUCCGUAAAUCCGGUAUGGAAACUGAUCAUUGGUACAAGCACUUGCUGAAGAUAUGGAUGGAAGAUGUCAACGCCAAAGCAGCAGAGAGUGAGGAUGCUAUCCUGUCCAAGUAUGUUGCAGAGCCAGCUCUACCCCAAGAACUAAGAAACUCCUUUUAUGAAUUUCAGAGACAGGUGAAAACGUAUGUUUCUUCUGAGACCACUUCUACUCUUUCCCUUUUGCCAAGUGCUGCUUCUUCCACCGAAUCUGUCAUUAUCACUGAGAUAAUUGCUCCUGUUAAUGCCAUUAAAAAGCGUCUCCUACGAUAUGGAUUGACCACAUCUGAUGGUUAUCCCCGCACAUCCUCUUUGCUAAUCUUACAAGAUAAUGACCAAAUCAUUGAUUGGUUUUCGGGUAUUGUUCGCCGUUGGCUUAGAUGGUAUGCCGAGUGUGAUAACUUUAAUGAGGUAAAGCUCUUGAUUUCUAAUAUAGUUAGAAAAUCUUGCAUUCGCACUCUAGCAGCAAAGUAUCGUGUGCAUGAAACUGAGAUAGAGAAACGUUUUGACACAGAACUAAGCAGAAUUCCGUCUACCCAAGAAAUAGAGCAAGAGAUGGUAAACGAGACAUCAGAUGCUCAAUCUUAUGAUAAUGAUGAGGCAUUAACAUAUGGAAUUUCUUACAGUGGCUUAUGUUUACUCUCUCUGGCAAGAAUGGUAAGUGAGUCACGUCCUUGCAAUUGUUUUGUAAAUGGGUGUAUGGCUCCAGCGCCAAGUGUUUAUACUCUUCAUGUAAUGGAAAGGCAGAAGUUUCCAGGCUGGAACACAGGGUUCUCAAGUUGUAUUCAUCCCAGCUUGAAUAGACGGAGACUUGGGUUGUGCAAGCAACAUUUAAAGGAUUUGUAUCUUGGUCAUAUAUCACUUCAGUCCAUCAAUUUUGGUGUAUGGAAAUGACUGUAUUCAAUUAAAUAUAUCUUAUUGAGCUAUGGAUAAUUUGGGUAUUAAAGCUCAUUGAUUUUGAAGCUUUCAAUGGAGGCUUGAAAGUGCCAAGAUUUCUCUCAGAUGGCUUUGUAGUGUGUACCUGAAAAAUGAUGUCUGAAUGCUUGUUGAGCCAUUUACACGAAAAAACAUGGUAAGUUACUUAUUU